GUUUGGUCUUCUUUCUCCAGGAAAAUCCAGUAUUUAUCAUUCUUUCAUAUAAGGACCAAAGUGAUAUUUAGCAUUUUGGUACACAAUCACACUGCAAAGUUUUGUAGAAUUCUUUAGUUUCUAAGGGAUCAAGCAGUUAAUUUUGGAGCGGACCCAACUCGUUCUUCUGCUUCUUUUCAACAGCUGUUAUGGCCAAUACGUUGCAAUCAGAGUCCACGCGGUUGUACUCGUGGUGGUGGGAUAGUCACAUUCCCAAGAACUCAAAAUGGAUUCAGGAUAAUCUUGCAGAUAUGGAUUCCAAAGUGAAGACAAUGAUAAAGCUCAUCGAAGCAGAUGCAGAUUCGUUUGCAAGAAGAGCAGAAAUGUACUACAAGAAACGUCCAGAGCUAAUGAAACUGGUGGAAGAGCUAUACAGAGCUUACCGUGCUUUAGCUGAGAGGUAUGAUCACACAACAGUGCAGCUUCGUCAUGCGCAUAAAACCAUGGUUGAGGCGUUUCCUAAUCAGAUUCCUUUCGGCAUGGUUGAGGAUUCUGCAUCUUCUUCUUCUGAGCCAGACCUGCAAAAGGAUGGUGCUACAAGUAAAAGGAGUUCAAGUCGGCUAGAAAUACUAUACGGAACUUCUGAUGCUCACGAAGCAGAUACCGAAGUUGAAGGCUUAAAGAGAACAUUGCUUGAGCUUCAGACUGAAAAGGAAGCUUUGGAUCUCCAAUAUCAGCUAACCUUGAAGAAACUAUCCAUAUUCGAAAAGGAACUCAACGAUGCUCAAGAGGAUGUUAGAGGAUUUGAUGAACGUGCUUGCAAAGCUGAGAUUGAGGUUAAAGUACUCAAGGAAUCUCUUGCAAAACUAGAGAAUGAGAGGGAUACAGGGCUUCUUCAGUAUAGUCAAUCCAUGGAGAGAAUAGCGGAUUUGGAAGCAUCGGUUUCUCAUGAGCAAGAUUACGCGAAGGGGCUCAGUAACCGAGCAUCUAAAGCAGAAAGAGAAGCCAGUAGUCUCAAGCAAGAGGUUUCUAGAUUGCAAUCUGAGAAGGAGGCUGGCUUGGUCCGAUACAAUAAAUGCAUUGAGUUGAUAUCUGCUUUAGAGAAGAGAAUUAGAGAUGCUGAGGAGAGUGUUAUAAUGUUCAGGGACAGAUCCGAGCAAGCAGAAAACGAAAUCAAUGCUUUGAAAGAAGAACUUCUGAAGUUGAAUGAAGUGAAUGGAGACUUGAGUGUUCGUUAUCAGCAGUGUUUGGAGCUGAUAUCAAAUCUAGAGAGAGAAGUUUCUCAUGCUCAAGAAAAUGCCAAAAGGCUGAGCAGUGAAGUUCUUGUUGGAGCUGCAAGUAAAACUGUGGAGGAACAAUGCACUCUUUUGGAGAGCUUGAAUCAAAAUCUGAAGGUAGAAGCAGAGAAUCUAGCGCACAAAAUGUCAGCUAAAGAUCAAGAACUUGUCCAGAAGCAAAACGAGCUUGAAAAGCUUCAAGCUUUAAUGCAAGAAGACUUGCGGUUUUCAGAACUCGGAGCUAGCCUUAAGAAUCUGGAGAGGUUGCAUUCUCAAUCCCAAGAGGAGCAGAAGCUUAUCACUUUGGAACUUCAAAGCAGGAUUCAAAUGUUGAGAGAGCUGGAGAUGCGGAAUCAUAAGUUGGAAGGUGACAUCAGCUCAGUUGAAGAACAAAACCGAAACUUGACCGAGUUGAACGAAUCUUCUACGAUCACCUUGCAGAUUCAGAAAAAUGAGAUCUCUUGCUUGAAGAAGAUGAAAGAAAAGCUCGAGGAAGAACUUGCAAAACAGAUGAACCAGAGCAGUGCCCUUCAAGUAGAGAUCCACCGUGUGAAGGACAAUAUUGACAACUUGAAUUGGAGAUAUCAAAAGUUAAUUGACCAAGUGAGACUCACAGGUUUGGAUCCCGGAUCACUUGUUUAUUCUGUCAAGAAACUACAGGAAGAGAACUCGAAGCUUCUCGAGUUAUGCAUCAAACAGAGAGAUGAGAAAGACGCUGUUACAGGAAAGCUGUGUGAAAUGGAUAACACUUUAAGGAAGAAUGCUGAUUUGGAGAAAUUGCUUUUGGAAUCAAACACCAAACUAGACGGUUCCAGGGAGAAAGUAGAGGAUCUGCAAGAAAGAUGUGAGUCUUUACGAGGAGAGAAAUCUGAGCUUGCUGUCGAGAGAGCUAACCUGUUUUCCCAGUUGCAAAACAUGACUGUGAAUAUGCAGAAGCUCUUGGAAAAGAACUCUCUAUUGGAGAGAUCCCUUUCAGUUGCAAACAUUGAGCUUGAAAGUCUAAGAGAUAAGUCAAAGUGCUUUGAAGAUUUCUUCAUGUUGCUCAAGAAUGAGAAGUCUGAACUUAUAAAGGAAAAAAAAGCUCUUGUCUCUCAAUUGUAUGAGGUUAAGGAGAAGCUAGGAGUCUUGGAGAAGAAUUUUACAGAGGUGGAAGUAAGAUACGCCGGUUUACAGAGCGAAACGAAGCUCAAAAACUUUCAAGUAGAAGAGUUACAGGUCUCACUUGCCACUGAGAAGCAGGAGCGUGAUGAUUACAAACGAUCGACUGAAAGCAGAUUAGCAGAUCUUCAGAAGAAUGUGAGCUUUCUUCGAGAAGAGUGUCAAUCAAGGAAAAGAGAGUUUGAGGAAGAGCUUGACAGAGUUGUAAACAAACAAGUCGAGAUCUUCAUCUUGCAAAAGCUUAUAGAAGACUUGGAGAAGAAGAAUUUCUCUCUCCUGAUUGAAUGUCAGAAGUAUGUAGAAGCAUCAGAGUUUUCGGAGAAACUCAUAUCUGAACUGGAAAGUGAGAAUCUCGAGCAGCAGAUGGAAGCAGAGAUCUUUUUGGAUGAGAUUGAUAGCUUGAGGGGUACAAUCUAUCAAGUGUUAAAGGCACUUCAAGUUGAAGCAGAUUGUAAGACUUCAGAACAGAAGAUUACGAAAGACCAAACUUCACGUGUUUUAAGAGAGAUUAAUGGCCUAAAAUGUUCACUUGCAAGCGCUGAAUAUGAGACGCAGCGUCUUGUAGUUGAGAACUCGGUGCUCUUAGCUCUACUUGGACAGUUCCAAUCAGAUAGUUUGGUGGUGGAAUCAGAGAAAAACAUCCUCAAAACAGAUUUGAAGACUAUAAUACAGCAACGUGGAAUGCUGGAAAAGGACAAGGAAGAGCUAUUAGAGGCGAACCGGUUGUUGAAAUCAAAACUGAUCAAAAGAGAGCAACAGGAGCAAGAGCUAAGAGCAGAAUUGCAAACGGAGCAUACAAAGUUUGAGAGUUUGCAUGAGUCAUACAUGGCUUUGCAACAAGAUUAUUCCUCUACACUGAACGAUAACAAAACUUUGCUUCAAAAAUUCUCUAAACUUCAAGAUGGAGUGUGUAUAGUUGAGGAAGAAAACAGUGCAAUUCUUCAGGAAGCUGUUUCUUUGAGUACCAUGUGUGUGGUUUACAAGUCCUUUGGGUCUGAAAUGGCUGAGGAGGUCGAAGCUUUUGAUGAAACUGUGAGAAGUUUACGAGAAGUUAGUACGGGCCUAAAGCACAAGGUUGAGACACUUGAGGAGAAGUUAAAAGAUAAAGAGGAAGAGGGUCAAGGUCUUAACAAGAUGCUGGAGAAGUUACAGGAAGGUCUUGAAGAAGACAACUUCUUAAAUGGGCUCUUGGAACAUCAGGUUUUCAAUGUAGACGAAAUCUUGGAACAUAGGGAAAUGGAGAUCCUUGAAGCAGAGCAUAUGCUCAAGGCUACACAGGAUGCAAAUGAAGAACUGCACAAAGAAGUUGAGGAGCUAAGGAAAGACUGCGAAGAAUCAAGACAAAUGAGAGGAGAGUUAGAGAGGCAGAUUUUCGAGAUUUCAGAUCUUGCUGGGAGACAGGAGGAAGAGCUUAGAAGACUUAACACUUUGAAUGAGAAUUUGGAGUCAGAGGUAGAGUUGUUACACAAAGAAAUCCAACAACAACAAGUUCGAGAGGAGUUCUUGAGUUUGGAGCUGCAAGAGAAAAGCAAUGAGGUUGGGCUUUGGGAUGCUGAUGCAACAUCGUUCUACUUUGAUCUUCAGAUCUCAGGUAUCCGUGAGCUCUUUCUUGAGGAUAAAGUUAACGAACUCACUGGAGUUUGUGAAAAUCUCAAAGAAGAAGCUGUUGCGAAGACGAAAAAGAUAAAACAGAUGAAAGAAACAAUUGGGUUUUUGGAGUCUCAAGUGACUGAGCUAAAGACUCAAUUGUCAGCUUAUGAUCCUGUGAUAGCAUCUUUGGCAGAAGAUGUAAAAUCUCUUGAAGAAAGUACUCAGGCCUAUCAAAAAAUAGAGAACGUCCAUCUGGAAGAAGGUGGCAGUACCACCACCACAGACAAUGGAAUAGUGAAUGCGAGGCAAAGAACACGUAGUUCAUCCCACAAACGCAGAGAACGCAGAAAGAUUGAAGAAAUACGGCUUGAGGAAAAAGUCGCUGGUGAAUCUAGACAGCCAAGAUCGAGGCCUAAGAUGAACGAGGUGAAAAACGGAUUGUUGAUGGAAGAUUCACCUCGUGAUCAAGUCACAGACUCUGUGUUCUAUGGCAGAAGCCAGGGAAGUAGUCUUAGUUCUAAUGAUCAGAUGUUUGAGUCUUUGGAAGAAUCUGUUGAAUCAGAGACUAGUAUAAAGUUUCAAAUCAAUAGUAACGAACCAAAGAGGCCAUAUGGCCAAAGCCCGAAUCCCUCUAUAGAAUCUGAGAAAGUGGUUGGAGUUGUUGACAAGCUAGAGUUAUCUAGAAACAUCGAAGAAAAGGCAAAGAUUAUGGAGAGACUUUUGUCUGAUUCAAGGAGACUGUCAAGUCUCCGGAUUAGCCUAACAGAUCUGAAAAGCAAGCUGGAGAUGAAUGAAAAACAAGGCAGAUUCAGCAACGCUGAUGAUUUGGUUAUAGUGAAGAGACAGUUGAAAGAAAUGGAUGAAGCUGUCUGGAAACUGACAAACACAAACGAGAUUCUUUCAAAAGAGAUUGAGGAGACCGGAGAUUCCAGAGAUAUAUACAGAAAGGUGGUUAUGGAUAAGUCAAGAAACGGUUCUGAGAAGAUAGAGCAGCUGCAUAAUAAAAUGCAGAACAUUGAGAAAACAGUGCUGAAGCUUGAAGACGGAGGCAAAAGCAAAGGAAACAAAAAGUUGUCCGAGAGUAGGACAGUGAUCCUCUUGAGAGACAUUAUUCACAAGGGCAAGAAAAAAACUGCGAGAAAGAAGAAAAACCGGUUCUGCGGGUGCAUAAGAUCUUCGACUAAAGAAGAGUAGGGUGGUUCAUAAGGUAACAACGACUAGUCUUUUGUAGAUUGUAGUAAAGAGAAUCAUUGAAAUGGCUCUAGAAGGAUUGUAUGGUAUGAUUUCUGAA